CAACCGAAAAGUCGCAAUUUAGUUUUCCCCUUUAUUCCCUUGUGAUGUCCACACUCCACACUCUACAUUACAACCACCGCCACCACGACGCUCUCUCUCUCCUCCUUCAACUUCUACGACGACGCUCUCUCUCUCUCUCUCUCACUCUGGUCUGGUGUGGCCCACCCUGCUAUCUUCAAAGUCAAGCAAGAAUAACUAACAGACAGACACAAACUAAACACUUUCUCUGACACCAAAAUCCCCACUUCACGCGCUUCAAAAAAGUUUCAAACUUGCCCAACCCCACAUCAAUUUUCUUAUCUGGGUCAGCGAGCAAUGUCCGCAAAGAGGCGCAAUCAAAGCGCCGGCAUGCCGGUUCACUCGGUUGAGGAUCUUCCCGGAGCUCCGUUCGGCGACGCGGGUUCGAGUUUCUCCGAAUCGGAGCUCCGGGAGACGGCCUACGAGAUCCUCGUGGGGGCGUGCCGGAGUUCGGGGCCGAAGCCGCUGACUUUCAUAUCGCAGUCGGAGAGGGGGGAUCGGGAUAGGGCGGCGCCGGCGCCGUCGUUGCACCGGUCGCUGACUUCGACGGCGGCGAGCAAGGUGAAGAGGGCGCUGGGGCUCAAAACGUCGUCGUCGAGGGGAAGCAGCAAGCGCGCCGCGACGACGGGGGAGUUGGUGAGAGUGCAGAUGAGGAUUUCGGAGCAGAGUGAUACCAGAAUUAGAAGAGCACUGCUCAGAAUUGCUGCAGGCCAGCUUGGAAAACGCAUGGAGUCAGUGGUUCUUCCACUAGAGCUGAUACAACUGUUCAGGAGUUUAGAUUUUCCCACUCAACAAGAGUAUGAAGCUUGGUUGAGGAGAAAUUUGAAGGUUCUUGAAGCAGGACUCCUCUUGCAUCCUCACCUUCCCUUAGAUAAGUCGGACCCUUCUGCACAGAGCCUCCAGCACAUAAUCCACAGAGCAUUUGAGAAACCCAUGGAUAUUGGAAAGAACGGUGAAUCAAUGCAAACCUUUCGAACUGUUGUUAUGUCUCUUGCUUGCAGAUCAUCUGAUGGGUCUAUUUCUGAGACAUGCCAUUGGGCUGAUGGUUUUCCACUGAACCUCUGGAUCUACCAAACUCUUUUAGAAGCUUGUUUUGAUCUUCAUGCAGAAUCUUCUGUGAUAGAAGAGGUUGAUGAGGUCUUAGAACUCAUUAAGAAGACCUGGGUUAUGCUUGGAAUCAAUGAGAUGCUGCAUAAUAUUUGUUUCGCAUGGAUCUUAUUUCAUCGGUAUGUUGUCACUGGCCAAGUGGAGAAUGACCUUCUGUUUGCAUCCAGUAAUCUAUUGGCAGAAGUUGGGAAAGAUACUGGAGGCUCAAAAGAUCCUAUUUACUCAAAAAUUUUGAGGAACACGUUGAGUUUGAUAUUAAGUUGGGCAGAGAAAGGUCUCCUAGCAUACCAUCAUACUUUCCAUAAUGGUAAUAUUGAAUCAAUGGAAAGUGUUGUUUCUCUUGCAGUAUUAUCAGCAAAGAUAUUAGAAGAUAUCUCUCAUGACUACAAUCGGAAGAAAAAAGAUGAUGUGGACUACACUAGAGUUGAUAAUUAUAUUAGAUCAUCUUUGCGUGCUGUUUUCAUUCAGAAAUUGGAGAAACUGGAUCUCAGCAAGCAUCCAUCUAGAAAACAGAAUAAAGCCUUUCCCAUUCUUUCUGUCCUUGCACGAGAUAUUAUUGAACUGGCUAUUAAUGAGAAAGCAAUAUUUAGUCCCAAACUUAAGAGAUGGCAUCCUCUUGCUACUGGUGUUGCUGUUGCUACCCUCCAUGUGUGUUAUGGAAAUGAGUUGAAGAAGUAUGUUAAGGGUAUUAAUGAGUUGACACCUGAUGCUAUAGAAGUGCUGAUAGCUGCUGACAAAUUGGAGAAAGAUCUGGUGCAGAUAGCAGUGGAAGAUUCUGUUGACAGUGAAGAUGGUGGAAAAUCCAUUAUAAGGGAGAUGCAACCUUACGAGGCUGAAGCUGUUAUUGCUACCCUGGUUAAGUCAUGGAUAAAUAUUAGAGUAGAUAGAUUGGGGGAAUGGGUUGACAGAAAUGUGCGACAAGAGGUAUGGAAUCCUGGGGAAAAUAAAGAGGGUUUUGCUCCUUCUGCUGUUGAAGUUCUACGAAUCAUAGAUGACACUCUGGAGGCUUUCUUUCUGUUACCUAUACCCAUGCAUGCAGAUUUGCUUCCUGAAUUGAUGUCUGGUCUCGACAAAUCUCUGCAACAGUACAUUUUGAAAGCCACAUCUGGCUGUGGUAGCCGUAGUAGCUUCAUCCCAACUUUGCCUGCAUUGACUAGGUGUUCAACAACAUCAAAAACUGGUGUAUUUAAGAAAAAAGAAAAGUCACAAGUGACUCAGAGGAGGAAAGCCCAUGUUGGAACCACUAUUGGAGACAACUCAAUUGAUAUAACCCAGAUGUGUGUUCGCAUCAAUACUAUGCAGCGCAUUCGCAUGGAAUUAGGGGUUUUGGAAAAGAGGAUAGUUGCCAAUCUCAGCAGUUCUAGAUCCACUAAUGCGGAUAUAGCAAAUGGGGUGAGCUUGAAGUUCAAGCUUUCCGCAUCUGCUGCUGUGGAAGGCAUCCAUCAACUCUGCGAGUGCAUAGCAUACAAAAUCGUUUUCCAUGAACUCUGGCAUGUUAUUUGGGAUGGCCUUUAUGUUGGAGAAGUUGCAUCUGCUAGGAUUGAGCCUUUUCUUCAGGAGCUUGAGCAAUACUUGGAGAUUGUAUCAUCUACAGUGCAUGAUAAAGUUAGAACACGUGUAAUUGUUAAAGUAAUGCAGGCUUCUUUUGAUGGGUUUCUGUUGGUUUUGUUAGCCGGAGGUCCAUCACGUGCUUUCUCUCUGCAAGAUUCUGUUAUUAUAGAGGAAGAUUUCAAGUUUCUGACUGGCUUGUUCUGGUCCAAUGGAGAUGGAUUGCCAGCUGAAUUGAUAGAAAAGCAUUCUACCACUGUCAAAGGUGUACUUCCCUUGUUUCGUGCUGAUACUGAGCACAUAAUUCAGCAGUUCAGUCAACUUACUAUGGAAAUGUACGGUUCUACAGCCAAAUCCCGGCUUCCAUUGCCUCCAACAGCAGAUCAAUGGAGUCCAACAGAACCGAACACACUUUUGCGAGUCUUGUGUAAUAGGAAUGAUGAGGCAGCUGCAAAGUUCCUUAAGAAGAAUUACAACUUACCUAAGAAGCUCUAACAAUUGACAAGUAACCACUACUCUGAUAUGCCACGCCUUUCCACCCAAUAUAAAUUUGAAGUUUGUUCGUUAUGUGUUGUGAAACCCUGGCCUAGUUUUUGAGGAUGUGAUUCAGGUAAAGGUGGUACGGUAUGCAUUAUACACUUACUGAUCAACUCUAGGAAAUAUGAUGCUUUAUCAUCAAUAAUGCUCAAAAGUAUAAAUUGUACAGGAGUGAUUCUUUUGCCUUUGCUAAUUUGUUGGCUUGUUUUCAGCUCGUGCCAAAACACAAUCACUGACACCAUGGUAAUACAGAGAAGUAUUUACAAUUAGUUAUUAUUUGUUUUUAUAAUUUCAAAAUUAAUGGUCUAUUUAUUUGUGCUGCAUUGUAAUUUCCCCCCACAAACUACUUCAGCUUGAUCUUGAUCUUGUAAAUGAAAUGAAAUUAUUUAUUUGUGCAACUUUGUUAAUCUUA